AUGGCUCCGCUCUCCCCCCUCGCCCUCCUCCUCGCCUCAGGCCUGGCCUACCAUGGACACCGCAAGAAGUCCUUAUCCCCCUCCGGAUCCGUGACUGCCUUUGUCGUGGGCUACCUCAUGCUGUCCAGCACAAUCUGGGCGUUCGGCGUGUCACUGAUCGCAUUCUACCUCAUCGGGAGCCGGGCGACGAAGUGUAAGUGGGAUGUAGUGCGCCGCCUCGAAUCCGCCUACCACGAAUAUGGCUACCGCACCGGCUGGCAAGUCAUCUCCAACUCCUUCUCAGCAUUGGUAGCUUGCGUCCUCUGGAACGCGAUAUACGCUCCCGACAGCCUCCCCGGCUGGGUCUUCGGUUCGCUCCUAAGCUUCCCGCCUACUCUCUCGCGCCCCCUCCUACUUCUUGCCCUUGGGCACUUUGCAUGCUGCCUCGGCGACACGCUAGCCUCUGAGCUUGGUAUCCUGGCGAAGGGGAAGCCCAGGCUCUUCCUCUCCCGCAUCUCUUUCCUCACCCCGGUUCCCCCGGGCACAAACGGCGCUCUCUCCUUCCCGGGCACCUCAGCCUCCCUCGCCGGCGGGGCCAUCAUGGGCCUCGUUAUGGGCGCAGUGUUGAUUCUGGAGAACGCCGUCUGCCGCCGGGAUGCGCUCGGUGUGGUGGUGGAACUGAUCACGAUUGGAGGACUGUGCGGGUUCGGAGGAAGCCUCCUUGACUCCGUCCUCGGGGCAACGCUGCAAGAGACGCACUACGAUGCGGAUAGGAAGGUGGUGAUCAGCGAUGGGGAGGGGCAGGCGGAGGUAAGUGGUCGAACAGUGAACUCGUUGGGAAGAAGGGGCUAACACUCAUACCAGCCAACCUCCGCCACCCAUCUCCUCGGCCUCCCACUCCUGUCGAACAAUCAGGUGAAUGUGGUCAGCAGCGUCUU